GGACAUUACAACGUGCUUGCAGCAUGAUAGAGUUGUUGUGAUUGUUGUUUGACACUAACAGCACAACCAACAGCAUGAGCAGGAUUGAUGAAUUGCGAACACGUGUUCAGUUGAACGAACAUGGUGUUGACAAUGUACACAGCACCGACUUCCCUGGGAACUAUGCAGGGUAUGAUGAUACAUGGAGCCACAGCAAGUUUAAAAAGAAAUUCCGGAUUGAUGUUGUGAAAUUGGAAGGUGAUGUUUUGGAGUUUGAUAUGGUUGGUAUUGAUGCUGCCAUUGCAAAUGCCUUCCGAAGAAUUUUACUUGCUGAGGUACCUACAAUGGCAAUAGAGAAGGUGUUUGUGUAUAACAACACAUCCAUCAUCCAAGACGAGGUACUGGCACACAGACUCGGACUCAUCCCCAUACAGGCGGAUCCAAGGCUGUUUGAAUACCGACAAGAAGGUGAGAUGGAGGGCUCGGCCCAGGACACAGUGGAGUUCCAGCUGAAGGUCAAGUGUGCCCGGAAGCCCCAGAGCAAGGACGCCACCGACCCGGACGAGAUGUACAAGGACCACAAAGUUACAACCGAGUACAUGAAGUGGGUGCCUAUAGGAGACCAGACCAACAUUUUCAAACCAGGAGAUCUGAAGCCAGUGGUUGAUGAUAUCCUGAUAGCUAAACUCCGGCCAGGCCAGGAGCUCGACCUCAAGUUACAUUGUGUAAAGGGUAUUGGGAAGGACCAUGCCAAGUUCUCACCUGUGGCCACAGCCUCGUACCGCCUGCUGCCUGAGAUCCGCCUGACUCGGCCUGUUGAGGGAGAUUCAGCUGUGGAACUUCAGAAGUGCUUCUCCCCGGGGGUCAUCGAGGUCGACAGUGUCCAUGGUAAGAAGAAGGCUCGUGUAGCACAUGCUCGCCGUGACACUGGCAGCAGGGAGGUCUUCAGACAUGAUCACCUCAAGGACUGUGUCCAGCUCAGCAAAGUCAGAGAUCACUUCAUCUAUUGUGUAGAAAGUACUGGAGUGUUGCCGCCAGAUGCGCUGGUUGUGGACUCCAUCAAGGUUCUCAUUGGAAAGUGUAAUCGCUUCCUGGAGGAGAUUUCGGAUUCCUACGGUGGGGGGGAUGCAUCAUGAUGACAAGCCCUAGUGCCAGGUCCCUCUGAUGAUGAAAGUGGAUGAGAGAUUGUGUGUCUGUGUGUUGCUUCUGAACACCAGGAGCGUGAGGACAUUUUUCCACUUAAUGCUGGGUCUUUAAAUAUAUGCUGGUCUCUCAGUGACACUGGGUCAUAUGUUCUGUCCAAACAAUAGGAACCAGUUGGACCCAUCAUUUGAUGAAAUUAAUUGUCCCUAUCAAAUAAAUAUACAGUGUACUCCCUUCAGUAAAUAAUACCUGAUUCCUGCAAAUGUUCUUUUUGUAUGACUGGGAUUUGGUAAGGUAAUGAUUUGCCAUUUUGGCAGCACUGGACAGAAUUAACGUCAGGACUCUUAUAGGCCUUGUCAGUUAGAAGGAAUAUGGAUAACAGAAGUUACAGAACAACCAGUUGUCACUAUCCUACAAGAGAUGCCAAACAAAAAACUGGUUCAGAUGUCCAUCGUCUUCAUGUUUGAUGAUUUUGACAAGACCUGUAACAAAUAAGGACCAACUUUAUGGAUGAAGUUACCUGUAACAAUUACCUGUAACAAAGCCUGUUGGGGAAAAUAUGUUUGAUGAAACCUGUUGACAAACAUGGAUUGACAGACAAUUUAUUGUAUAAAACCUAUUCCCAAACACAGAUUGGCAAGAUAUCAAAUAAAACCUAGCCAUCAGACACAACCUGUUCACAAAUGCGAUAGACAAAGUGUGCAGGUUACACUUAAAGGAUAAAGUCGGUGUGUUUGUGUAUCAACUUGGCUCAAGGUGCUUUUACUGAAAAGGAAUACAUUUCACUGACUGAUGAUAAGAUUGUUGUGUAAUGGUUGAGUUUCUUUUAUGAUACAGAAGUGUAUCAUUAUGUUUCUAUGGAAGAAUAUGAGGUAUCAUUAAUGUACAAUUUUGUUGAAUGUAAUAUGAACUGAAAUAAAAUCAAUCCUUGUUAUUGGGAAUAUUGUU